AUGUAUGAUGCACAUUUGAUGUGCUCCGAAUCAUUCUACAAACGUACCCUCUUUGAAGACAUUCAGAGUGACCCACAGGCUUCAACGCACACGAAAACAGAAAUGUUAGAAGUACUUCGUCGAUUAGAGAAAUCAGGCCUGUCCGAUGAUGAGCGUGAUCCUGAGACUGGCAAAAUCAGCAGUGCUUCUAGUGACUCUAUUGACUCGGUGGAUGAAGAAGAUUUGGACCAAAUGAGUACUGAACAACUUUUGAGACUCUUAUCACCUGAACAGAUCAAUCAAUUUCAGAGCACACUUCAGCAUGCUGAUCUUGAUCCUGCCUUAUUCUAUCAAACAAUCAAAUCAAGUUACUCUACACCGUGGUGGUUACUUCUGAAUAAAACGGACACCAACGAUUGCGAGGAAAUUUUAGAAUCACUUCAGACAGACUCGAUCGAUUUCACAAAGAUACCGAAAAUUCUCCCAGCUCAUAUGCUUCCUCCUCUACCGUCAUCACCCAAUCCUAAGCUUAUCUUUCAAAUUAUCACUGUGAUGUUGAGUCAACAUUUUUUCAACUCGAUUCAUCUAUCCCUUUUUGAUAGCCAAAGUGCCUUAAACUUGACGAUAGAAGACCAAACGGAUAUCUUCUUGAGGACUACCGAAGCUGUCUCUUCGCUUUUCCACACUCAAGCCACUGGCCAAGUAUUCGACUCACUCUCAGAUUGUCACGCCUUUUGCUGCAGUAAGCUUGGUAUAGAGCCAAGCAAAGUGGGCGAGAUAGUGGAUCUUUUAUCAUCUGAUCUCGACACUCUAGCACGUGAGAAAAUCGAAAAAGCUAAAAGGUCAUGUAAAAUCGUCGAAAUUGUGCCAGAUGAAUCCGCAUCUACACAGGAUUUUCUUGCUUCAGCUCUCUCCGAUCUACACGACUUUUUGGAUCAUCUUUCUUCCAAAAACAAUUCUUCAAGUGACUUGAUUGAUCAGGCAAGAUCUACAAUUGGGCGAACUGCCCUCAAAAAGGCUAUCCUGAAGCUCCGGUUUUUUGUGACCUUUAUUUUGAAAGAGCCAGCUGGCGUUGAUGAACUCUGGGAUAAGAUAGAUCGCGAAAUGGUCGCCUCACGCACGAAGGGUGUAAACGAUGAACUGGAAGUAGUUGAUUCGAAGACGUCUCUCUUGUGUCUGGCACGGCCUGCCAAUAACUCUAUUCUUGAAGAUAUCAGCUCCACUUCCGCGAAGAUUGUGGAGUUGACAUGA